UUUCCUCUCUCCUCCAACGCGGAACAUGAGCCGCUCGACGGCUCUCCGUCUUUACAGGCUUUUAUUAAAAGAAUAAAAAGAAUAACUGAAGAAACUUUUCUCUGUAGCCGGAGUCGGAGUGGAAAGGAAACACGAUGAAGCGUGGAAACGACAUCAUGAAGUCUCUGAUUUUCCUCGCCUUGACAGCUCAGCUCGCUUCAGCAGCCACACGCUCUCUGCAGUACUUCUAUACUAGAGUGACACCAGGCAUCAGUUUCCCAGAGUUCACUCUGGUUGGUCUGGUGGAUGGAGAGCAGUUUAUGUACUAUGACAGUGACAUCAGGAGGAUGAUUCCAAAGUCAGAGUGGAUCAAGAAGGCUGAGGGUUAUGAGCCACAUUACUGGAACAGAAACACUCAGCUGGCACAGGGCAACCAGGAGGACUUCAAAGUCAGUUUGGAUAUAGCAAUGCAGCUCUACAAUCAAACUGAAGGGGUUCACACAGUGCAGUGGAUGUACGGCUGUGAGCUGCAUGAAGAUGGAACCAAGAAAGGAUAUGACCAGUACGGUUAUGAUGGAGAAGAUUUCAUCAGUAUGGAUCUGAAAACUCUCACCUGGACUGCAGCCAACACUAAAGCUGUGACUACCAAACAGAAAUUGGAUUCUUCUGGAGCUGAGGCUAAUUAUGCAAAGAACUACCUGCUGAAUGAAUGUAUCUAUUGGUUAAAGAAGUAUGUGGAGUACGGCAGAUCCAGUCUGGAGAGGAAAGUCUCUCCUGAGGUGUCUCUGUUCCAGAAGGACUCUUCUUCUCCAGUGGUGUGUCAUGCUACAGGUUUCUUCCCCAAAGCAGUGAUGAUCUCCUGGCAGAAGAAUGGAGAGGAUCUGCAUGAGGACGUGGAGCUCAGAGAGACGCUACCCAACCAGGAUGGAACCUUCCAGAAGAGGAGCGUUCUGACCGUUUCACCUGAGCAGAGGAAAGGAAAUGAGUACACCUGUGUCAUUCAGCAUCCCGGAUUGAAGACAGAGCUCCGGCUUUCUGAUCCCAGAGUCCUGUCAGGUGGAGGGUCGGUCGGUCUGAUCAUUGGUGCAGUUGUAGCUGUUCUCCUGCUUGUCGCCAUUGUCUGUGUUGGAGUUGUCAUUUGGAGGAAGAAGUCUGGCUUCAAACCUGUUUCCCAAACACCCUCUGAGGGACACUAAUCAUCCCGCGGCUCCAAGUGAAAGUCCGUCUUCACUUUAACAGAGUGACAGAGAGGACGCUGGGGUGGAUAUGAAGCUAAAGAGCACUUUUUUACACAUUUACAAAGAAAUCUGCAGAUAUUUUCUCAUUAAAUACUUCAGUGUGAUCAAUAUUAUUACUUCUUCAUCAAAUCUGUCACAUUUUGGGAAUCCUGGUCGUGAUACUGCUGUUUGAUUUUUUCAGCUGUUUAUUUGAUUAAAAAGAGUUAAGGGGGUUUGUUAAUUUUGUAUGUGAGUUUAAAUUUGUUUAAUAUUUAGAUAGUUUUCAUGUCUCUGUUUGCUGCUGUUCUGUUAAAUUGCACUGUGCUUUGAUUUGUUCCUCUGCUUUUGGGACAGAGAGUUUUAGUACAUGUCCAGCACAGUUUGGUAGUUGCCUAUUCAAACACACCCACUAAACCUGGCAGU